UGUGAAAGAAAUGUCGACUAAAUCACUAGGCCAAUUUCUUAGCAGGGAAUUCUCUGAUAAAAACAGCAAAUUCUUCACCUGACGAUGUGACUGACGAGGGAAAGGUUUGCGUGCUUCAACAUGAUUGCUUCGAACUGCUAUCCGGAGAUGCUGAUCGUGUCUUUGUCUACUAGAUUCGAUGUCAAAAUUCCUAAAAUUGCGGCUCGGCCUCCAUCAGCCGCUGUUCACUCUUAUGGCCGUGUCUUUUCUCAUGCGACAUGCGUUGUGGUCACGUGACUCUUUCGUUCUCAGCAACGGAGUUUUCAUUAUUUCGACGUCUCAUAGAUGGCGCAGUGCGGCGGAUAUGCGAAAUAAAUAAAAAUAUGAAGACAAAAAAUAAUAUAUUUUUGUUUACUUUUGCGGUAUCAGAGACAUUAUGAGGCUGAUUAUUAGUUUUGAGCUUCAAGUUUGAUUAUUAAAAUAAUUUGAACGGAAUAAUUUGGAAGAAGAGCUUCAUCUUUCAUAGAGAUGGAGGGCGACCCAGUCGACGAUCAACAUGCAGCAGCAGCAACGUCUGUAGUCCUCUUCGUGUCCAAAAAAUGUUCAGGAAGAGCCGAGCUGAACAUUCAGAUUCGUCGUUGCCAUUACAAAGGGUGUGAUAGUACUUCUGCUGACGAAAUUGACAUGAAAUGUGUGCCCAAGCCCACAAGCGCCAAAAAUUCAGAGCGAAGAGAGCAAUGGCUGAUGAAUAUGGGCUUGCCCAUCGAUGAUGAGAAAACUGAUAUACGCUGCUGCGUAUUGCACUUUCAUGAAAAGUGGUUCUAUGGAAAUGGAAAGCUAGUCAAAGAUGCGGUGCCCGAACCAUACAAAGAACGUUCAAUAGCAACUUCACAUUUGAGGCCUUGUGAAGUGAUUGAUGAGAUCGAAGAAGCAGGUGUGCCCUUAUUACCAGAAACUACGGAAAAACACUUAACUACGAAUCCUUUACGAGGGCUGAAGAAUUUGAAAAAUAGUUGCUACAUGAAUGCUACGUGCCAGGCAUGGUUUGCCUGCUUCCGCAUGCAAACCACGGUGAUGAAACAUAAAAAAGCAGACUGCAGUAUUGAGAAAGGCAAAGGUUGUAUAAUUUGUCUUUUGAGAGACUUGUAUGAAGAUCUUGUGCUCAAUCACUCCGACCCAGUGGUACCCUUAGCAUUUGCAGAAUUUGUUUGGGGCAUGCAAGGUUUUCCUCGAGGCCAACAGCAGGACAGCAUGGAGCUGCACAGAGAGUUGUUAGCUUCAUGUGAGAAAGUGGAUAAAAGUGGAAUUGCAGAGCUAUUCUCAGGAAAUGAAGUUUACGAACGCACCUGUCUGAUCUGCAAAAAGAAAAGCUACUCCUCUCAACCAAUGCUUGAGCUGUGUCUGCCUUUAGCAAAAAGUGUGCUUGAUGGAGUGCAUACUUAUCUUGAAUCCGACAUGGAUUGUAUGAACGGACCAUACUGCUCUCGUUGUCGACGAGGGACCCCUCAGAGAGAGAGAAUUUUCUUCAAAGAUCUACCACCAAUUUUAGUAGUGCAGUUAAAGAGGUGA